GAAUUUGCAUAAAAAAACUUUCAGCAAGCCCAAGCGCGCACGGCGUUUCCUUUUCUAGUGCAGUUGUAGUUUUUUUAUAUUUUAAAUUUCUGGCCUGUGAACUGAGUCGCCGCUGGCAGAUGCACUUUCGGCAGCAGUUGAACGACAAAUUCACAACGCAGGCCAUCAGUAACAACAUCAAGCGCUCUAGUAGCCCACUGAACUGCGAAUUCAAGUGUUUUGUUUGCUCGCCGCGCCGCCCGUCGUGAUUCGCAUAUAUUAUUUACCGUUGCGAGGCGAAACUGAAAGUAAAAUUCACAAGCCGCAGAAACUGUAAAUUAUGUAAAAGUAUUGGGCCAACAACAAGUCGUUUGUGGCAGUGUGUGUGUCGGGUGGGCUUAUCAGAAAAGUUUAAUGGAGGCUGCGCCGGUAGUUUCUCGGCCUUCUUCGUUUCGCCACCCCAACAUCCCCCAGCAACAACAACUGCAAGCGGCGGACAACAAAAGCAACUGUAAAUAGCCGCUGCCCCUUGUUUAGCGCCGCAUAAAAAGCGUCGCAAAAUAAUGUCGACAACGGGAAACUGCAGUCAUAAUGAUGAAGACAAAUUAAAUAAAUAAAUGCUCAAUAACGAAAUUGCGUUGCAAGCUAGAAUCCAGCGAGAUUAAUGAUGAUUUAAUGUGAGCAUCGGCGGACUAGACCAAUUUUGCCACCUGGCUAAAAGGGAAGCCAAAAAGCCUUCAGACUGGAGGCCUCACUCACCCUGAAGCGCAUAUUUGCCCGCAAAAUUGGCUACAAGGCGAAAUCGAAGUCAAUUUUAGCGGCCAUGCGCACGAAACACCUGAUCCUGCUACUGAUCGGAGUGAUAAUCGCCACGAUCAUAUUCAUCGCAUUCGGACCAGCCGGCGAGCCGAACGACUCAUUCAAGAACAUCGUCGUCCAGACGCACCAGCAGUUCAAAGAGUUUCAGGAGAACCUCCGCGUUGGAUUGGAACGCAAAAAACUUGAAAUAGACCCAAAGUAUUUGCUACUUCUGGGCUUCACCUCGCCAAAGGAUGCCUCAGGCCAACAGCAACAGCAGGCUCAGCAGAAUGGGGCCGUCAUUGGCUUACCAGGCCAGCACCUGCCUAAAACAGAUUUCCCAGCGCCGGCUACCAAAGCGGAACAAGAGCUCAGCGAGCUACGAGGACUACGGCGUCCCCAGGAUGCCGUCACCUUUGAUGGCCAGCCGGGAGAUCGAGAGCAACGGGGCCAGCGCAAACGGAUCACCACACCGUACAACGGAACAAAGAUCAACUUCACCAUCGUCACCUAUGUGCUGGAGGGUCAGGCUCCAUCGGCCAUCCUACUGGCCCAGAACAUUGCAGCGAAGCUUCCCAGCGAAUACCUCCUCAUAUACGAUUUGGGCGUGUCAGAGGAGCAGCUGCGGGACUUGGGCGCCUACUGCAACAACAGCCGGUGCUCGGUGAUCACCUAUGACCUGUCGGAGUUCCCCUCCUUCGUCAGUGAUCAGCGGACGCACGCGUACCGGCCCAUCGUGAUCAAGGACGGUCUGAUGCGUGCCCGGUCGGUUCUCUUCCUGGAAAACUACAUGCGGGUGCGAGGCGGCUCCGCCCAGCUGCACAAGCUGCAGAGUAGCGUGAUGAACCCUGGAGUAAAGACCGCUGGGGUCCGGUCCGCGGGAGUCCUUGGCUGGAACACGCCAACGGCGGUGUCCUCGCUGACGCAUCCCAAAAUGUUCGACUACUUCGAGUCGAAAGCUGAGGACUUCAACUUCCUGCGGAUGGUCGACCUGGAUGCAGUAUUUUUCUCGGACAAUCCCCUGGUUACCGAGAAGAUCAUGCUGCCCUGGCUAAAGUGUUGUCUGACCCUCGAGUGCAUCGAUCCAAUCGGUGCCCAAUCUAAUGGCUGCAAGUUCAACAAGAAGCCUCUGUACCGAUAUUCCGGGUGCCACGGGUACGAUGCGUCCGCCUUCAACAUUGUUCUGGGUCUUACCUCGCAAAUGGACAACACUGAGUACUCGCUGCCCAGCGACAGUCCACGCAACAUUUUCUACAAGGAGACGCUAGAGCAGGCGACGCGGAUUCUGGAGAGCAGGCGGCGCAACAGCAGCGAGACAUCCGACCAUCCGUUUACGGACGACUGAGCAGGGAGAUCUGAAAUUAGAAGUGAACGUGGGCGUGGCCAAAGCAUUUGAUACAACAUUUUCUACAGACACACACAGACACACUCAGGAGCCGGCGGAACAAACCAAGAUUAGUAGGAAUUACGGCGUAAAAGAGAAUCCUUAAUAUGAAUUAGAUAACGCUCGGGCGAUUCCCUAACAAGCAGAGAUUGACAGACGAUUUGGUGUCCAAGACAAGAUCAGAAGUGAACAGACCAGAGCACAGUAGUUUAGCGUAGCGUUAGGAUGUGCAGUUUAUCAAUACUUAUAACAAUUUAGUCAAGCCCUAGUUACUUAUUUACCGAAAAUCUACAUGAAUAUCUGUGUGAAUGUUUCCAUGUACUUGCUGCGCGCAUCGAUAAUUGUAAAACCCCUUGUUUAGUUAACUGCCCCAACUGUAAAUACAUAAGAACAUCAAAUGGCAUACAUUUUGUGAUUGUAUUUUAUAGUUACUCACGCAUAGACAAACAUAUACAGUAUAUAAAUAUAAAUGUAUUGUAACUAUCCUAGAACAAGACGAGCCAAAAAAGUAAGUUAAUAAAAUUCUGAAUUACCAAUACCAAA